AUGCGACAGUGUUGCAGUUUGGAUGCAAGGCAAGCCUUACAAGCGUUCGCACCGAGUCUUACCGCAGCUAGAUGUGUAUUCGCUCGAAGGGUUAGCUCUGGUCUGCUUGGUAGUGGUCUUCAUUUUAGUGGUCUACCGACGAUGGUGUUUGUGAUUAUUUUGUGUGAGAGUCUAGAAGCAGCGAAGUUUCAGAAUCGCUCACAAACGGCUGAAUUGAAUGAUGUAUCAGAAGGGACUUCAGCGAUUAACAGAACCAUUGAAUCAGUUGCAUCGAAUUCAGUCGAUGACAAUCGUACACACCAAGGAAUGCCAGUACUUUACCGUGAACAUGCAACCACGCCGUGCUUCGUUGCUCCCUUGCCAUCUGAUCAUCAGCAAUCAACAACAUCUGUGAAGAAGAGACCAUACCAUCGACGAAAGGAUUCAUUUCCACAAGAGAGGAGUGAAGCGAGCAGUAAAACUAAUAAUAAGUAA